AUGGAUGCCCGCCGACGUCGAGCGGAACGAAAAGCGACUAACCCCCAGGCAUCCGCUGUCACUAUCGAGCAGACUAAGAGCCCCAAGACGAUGCCGCCUGCCAAGGACCUUAAGUUCGGGCACCAGUUCACCGACCACAUGCUCACGAUCCCCUGGAACGAGAAGAAGGGUUGGGGCACGCCCGAGAUCAAGCCUUACCAGCCGCUCUGCCUCGACCCCUCCUCCACCGUCUUCCACUACGCUUUCACCCUCUUCGAGGGCACCAAGGCGUACAUCGCCCCCGAUGGGUCGGUCCGCCUCUUCCGCCCCGACAAAAACAUGGAGCGCAUGAACAACUCGGCUGCCCGCAUCGCCCUCCCCACCUUUGACGGCGAGCAGCUCACCGAGCUCAUUAAGAAGCUCGUCAUGGUGGACAAGAAGUGGAUCCCUACCGAGAAGGGCUACUCGCUUUACAUCCGCCCCACCCUCAUCGGGACGCAGGAGGCUCUCGGCGUCGGCCCCUCCUCGGACGCCCUUCUCUUCGUCAUCUGCUCCCCCGUCGGCCCCUACUACCCCAAGGGCUUCAAGCCCGUCCAGCUCUACGCGACGACCGAGUUCGUCCGCGCCGCCCCUGGCGGCACUGGCGCGUACAAGCUUGGUGCCAACUACGCGCCGGGCGUCGUUCCCCAGAAGGCCGCUGCCCAGCACGGCUACUCGCAGAACCUCUGGCUCCUCGGUGACGAGCACGCCCUGACUGAGGUCGGCACCAUGAACCUCUUCGUCGCGUUCAAGAAGCCCGACGGCACCACCGAGGUCGUCACCCCGCCCCUCGAGGACAUCGUCCUUCCCGGUGUGACUCGCGACUCGGCGAUGCAGCUGAUGCGGGACCACGCCUCGGGCAAGACGAAGGUGCCCGGCUGGCCCGAGAAGCUCGAGAUCUCGGAGCGCAAGCUGAUCAUGGACGACCUCGUGCAGGCCGAGAAGAACGGCACCCUCGUCGAGGUGUUCGGCACCGGCACGGCCGCUGUUGUGUCCGCCGUCGACAAGAUCGGCUACGCAGGGCGCGACAUCGAGAUCCCCUGCGGACCGGCAGGGCAGGGCAUGGGCGACAUCGCCAAGGGGCUGCUGGACCGCAUGGAGGCGAUCCAGACGGGUGUCAUUGAGCACCCGUGGAGCGUGAGGGCGGAGUAG